UCUUUGAUGUGUGUAGAGCGGGACCUCUCAUGAUUUCUCCUUUCGGGCAUUUCUGGCGCUUGGCUAAUAAUAACAAACACGCUCUCCAGUGGAGAAAGCGCUGCCAGGCCUUUCAAUCCCGGAGAGCUCUGGCAGGGCAGAAGGAGCCUGUCUGCUGUAUCCAAAGGAUCCAAACCCCGCUGCAGGUGGAGGAGAGAGCACAGCUACUUCAAAAGGUCGCUAUUGCAAGAAAUGUUUUGUUAGCAGAGGAUAAAAAAGCCGGCUUAAAUUGUGAACCGCGCUUUCAGAAGUGGUAAAAGCUAAAAUAAUUUUGUCCAUGAAUAAGUCGCUUACAGCUGGAUUCUGUCAGCGCAGUUUGUGACUGCCCCUUGCACCCGGCAGGCUCAGGUGUUGGAGGAGAGCUCUGCCGCCCUUCUCUCCCGGGGGAAUCGCUGGAGCUUGCUGCCCUUCCAAGCCUGGAGAGCGGCCGCUGUCGGUGGCCGGCGGUCCCCGCUGCUUUGUGGCGCGGCACGGAGCCGCCCCAGCAGCUGCUCCUGGCCCUGCCGGGGACAACAGCGACCGAGGUCACCGCGGCGGGGGGAGCAGCAGCCGGUGCAGCUCCGCAGUCCCUGCCUGGGGGUGGGGAGCAGCAGCAGCCGGUGCGGCCCCGCAGCCCCUGCCCGGGGAAAGCAGCAGCAGCAGCAGCCGGUGCGGCCCCGCAGCCCCUGCCCGGGGGAAAAGCAGCAGCAGCCGGUGCGGCCCCGCAGCCCCUGCCCGGGGGGAACAGCAGCAGCAGCCGCCGGUUGCCGAGCCGGUGCCGGGGCGGGGCGCGGACAAAGCGGCGAUGGCCGGGCAGGAGGAGCACGCGUUCCUGUACCGGGACGCGGCUCAUCCCGCGGGGUUCCUGGAGGCGUUCGGCGCGUUCUACCGAGACGGGCUGUUCACCGACAUCGCCCUGCAGUGCGCCUCGGGUGCUGUUUUCCGCUGCCACCGCGCCGCCCUGGCCGCCUGCAGCAGCUACUUCAGAGCCAUGUUCACGGCCGAUAUGAAAGAGAAAUCGAAAAACCAGAUCAGGCUCCCGGGGCUGAGCCGCGCCGUGCUGGAAGCCCUCGUGAAUUAUGCGUACACGUCGCAGAUCCGGAUAACAAAGAGAAACGUCCAGAGCCUGCUCCAGGCUGCAGACCUCCUGCAGUUCGUGUCGGUGAAGAAAGCCUGCGAGCGGUUCCUGGUGAGGCACCUGGACACUGACAACUGCCUAGGGAUGCACUCCUUCGCCGAGUAUCACGGUUGCUCGGAGCUAGAAAAAGAGUCCAGGAGGAUAUUGUUAGGGCAGUUUGAAGAAGUGUGGAAGCAGGAAGAAUUUCUGGACCUUGGCAAGGAGAAGCUCUCUUACAUUCUCUCCAGAGAGAAUCUCAAUGUUUGGAAAGAAGAGGCAGCCAUUGAAGCUGUCGUGAAGUGGGUUGCACACAACGUGGAAGAAAGGAUUGAAGACGUCUAUGAACUGCUGAGCUGCGUCAAAGUAGACUUAGAUACUGUGUAUUUGCAGUCAGCUUUAAGCCUACAAAAAAGAAGCAAACUUAAUGACAGUAAGAUAAAGUCACUUAUAUACAAUGCUCUGAACCCCAACCCCAAAGUCCCUUCCAGAAGACCCACGGCAGCCAUGUAUGUGAUCGGGGGAUAUUACUGGCAUCCCUUAUCAGACGUGCAUGUUUGGGACCCUUUAACCAACGUGUGGGUCCAGGGAACAGAGAUGCCAGAUCACACCAGAGAGAGCUAUGGGGUCGCCAGCUUGGGACCAGACGUGUAUGUGACGGGAGGUUAUAGAACGGAGAGCAUCGAAGCUCUUGACACUGUGUGGAUAUAUAACAGUGAGAGAGAUGAGUGGUCAGAAGGCUGCCCCAUGCUGGACGCAAGGUAUUACCACUGCACAGUUUCUGUCAGUGGCUGCAUCUACGCAUUGGGUGGUUACCGAAAGGGAGCUCCAGUGCAAGAGGCUGAGUUCUAUGAUCCUUUAAAAAAGAAGUGGCUUCCUAUUGCAAACAUGAUCAAAGGUGUUGGAAAUGCCACCGCCUGUGUCCUGCAUGAAGUCAUCUACGUAACCGGAGGUCACUAUGGGUACAGGGGAAGCUGCACCUAUGAUAAAAUCCAGAGAUACCAUUCAGGUAGCAAUGAGUGGAGUAUAGUCACCACAAGUCCACAUCCAGAAUACGGAUUGUGUUCCAUUCCAUUACAAAACAAGAUCUAUUUUGUGGGUGGACAGACCACGAUCACGGACUGCUAUGACCCUGAGCAAAACGAGUGGAGGCAGAUGGCUCACAUGAUGGAGAGAAGGAUGGAGUGUGGUGCGGUGGUUAUGAACGGAUGCAUCUAUGUAACAGGAGGAUAUUCCUAUUCCAAAGGAACCUAUCUGCAGAGUAUAGAGAAAUAUAACCCUGAACUGAACAAAUGGGAAGCAGUAGGUAAUCUGCCCAGCGCUAUGCGCUCACACGGCUGCGUCUGUGUGUAUAACGUGUAAACAUUUCAUUUUCAUAUUGCUGCCACAGCAAACAGCAGAUGCAAUAUUCAUAAUACAACUGAUUACCUCAUGAGUGAGAUGUCUAAUACAAUCUCAUUGGACAUCAUUAAUGGCUAGGUAUAAUUUGAAUUUAUUCUAAAUAAUUCAGAAAUAUAAAUAUGUGUUCCAUAUAUUUUUCAGUCCAAUAUUUCUUUGUCAUGAAAGUUUUCACAUCACUCCCUUGUAAUACUUUGUGCAGAUAUAUAGAAAUUACUGUGAAAACCAGAUUUGUUUUAACUAAUCACUGGGUGUAUUACUGGGCUUAAAAUGAAAUCCUUGAUACAAAAGGUAGCUAUAGAAGUGAUUCAUUGCCACAAGCUAAGUGUAUGGUAUGUAUAGAGAAAUAUUACUGGGUUAUCGCAUUCAGAAAUUAUGGGCAGUUAUAGGAUGCCUCUAAUUUUACCUUCAAAUGCCUCAGCAGUGAAGAGCACAGGCUGGGAAGGAGGGAAGGAACAUCAUGCAGCAGCCCCAGAGCACAAGCUGAAAGUGUGCAUUCAUUUCCUGGAAGGAGAAGACUGCUGGGCAGUUUGAGAAAAGUGCUCACUUUGCCAUUCUCACACUGGAAGGGUCCUUGAGAACUAAAAAAAAAGACCUUGCUUGCAUUUGCAGUCAUUUGGCUGAUGCACAGGUACUGGUGAUUCUUUUUUUUUUUUUUCAAGGAAAAGCCGUACCAUGGUUAACUAUGCUUUUAAAAUCCAAUUUAAGAUGUGUGUCUUUGUGGAAUGGAAGGAGGAAAUGAGAGAGGCUGGAGAGCUGCUGACAUUCCCCCGAGAUACAAACUUCUCUGUUUUGCUUAAUGCCAUUCGGUCUUUUUUGGAGUGCUAAACUGGGAAUUAAGCACAAAUGACAACUGAAGAAACGUCUCAAAAUACAUUAUGCGUAGAAAAAUUGAAUGCUAGGUGGUCCACUGGAUUUAUUUAUUAUUUUUCUCAAAACAUAAUAUGAGAUCUUCAAAUUCUGUCUAGAAAGCAACUUGAGAUAGGCAGGGAGAUCAAUUUUGUCAUCACAUCACUGAGAGUCUCCCGCGGCAGGCUCCCAGCACGGCCUGCCAGUGCCAGCAGAAAGCAGAAUCCAUAGGUAGUAUUUAGGUGGCUGGAGUAUUGACCAUGCCAUGCCCAGCCUUCUCACCAGCCCUUGUUCUGUACGCUGCCACGCAGGUGGUGACGUGAAUGCAUUGGACUGAAUUACAGUUGCAGUGUCAACUUAGGUUUGGUUUUCACCUCACAGUUUGCAUGGGUACUGUAAUGGGGAGCUUUUUAUUGGCUUGGUUCCCUGAGGGAGCAAGGGACAACUUUGUUGUCUUCCUGUGUGUGUCAGCUCCCCUCUGGACUCACUUGUCUAGGUUCAGCCAUGUUCUACAGGGAAGUAUAAGCCUUAAAAUAUGCUUUUUUCUUUCCUCAGGUUUUAUGAAAAUUGUAAAUAGGAUAGAGGGGAGAGAGAAAGAGACUGAAAGGAAGCACAUGAGUUGUAUGCAAAGUACAUGAUGGCAAAGCCUUCCCAGUGCUGAGGAGGUGGCUGUGAGAAGUGUUUCUCCUCCUUCCUGUCUUUGCUGCCCCUCGCUGGGUCCUGUUUCAGCUGCUGUGGGGCCUUGUGGUCUGGUAGCAGCAGUCCAAAUAAAGAAAUGCCUCAGGGGGCAGAGAGGCUCUUUUAACACAGAUCAGUUCCCUGACUAAGCUUAUAAAAUGACAGCAGAAACAGCUGUGAGACACUGGCAUCAGAAGGAGGGACAACACAGGGCUGCUGGGCGUGCGGUGUGAAUUUCCUACACCAGCACUGCCACUAAAAUGAAAUCUUGGGUUUAUUUGGUUUAUCAGAUAUGAUGGAAGUAGCUUUCCAAGCAGGUGAUCCUUGACUUUAUAAUAUUCCUUGAGCAUAAGCAUUUUCAGCAAUUUUGUUCUUUCACAUUUUUGCACCAUUUCUCCCUUGCAUUUGACUGCUGGUAGCAGGCAGUGCUCAGCUCUGAGCUUUGGUGUGAGGUUCUGUGGUCUGUAGAUAGUUAUUGUUUUGAUGUCUUUCUGUGCCACCUUGCUAUGUCAGAAGCUCACCUGUGCGUGGGUUCAGUGUUCUGGUUCAUUAGCCAUCCUGCUGAGAGCUAUUUAAGGAUCCAGUGGAAUUUGUUUAAAGACUCUAAACUAUAAAGAGGUUUGGAGAACUCUGGCACUGUUUGAAAUGUGUGGGCUGGGCAGGUGGACAAAAGAACUGAUUUU